GGCCGGACGACGCGCGUUCUGUGGCGCGCGGCCUCGCGGGCGUGCAACGGCCGUUAGAGGAGCUGAGGGAGGGAACCACGGCUCAGUGCAGACGUGGUGGCUGCAGUCAGUCUUCCCGAGUGAGGGAUUUCGCCGCCCACUUUCAGGCCCGUUUGGCUCAAAUAACUGUGAUGGCCAUGCAGGAGAAAUAUCCAACUGAGGGGAUCUCUCAGGUCACUUCACCGAGUUCCAAUGUGAUUCAGAAGGGCAGUUCCCUGGGGACUGAAUGGCAGACCCCAGUUAUCUCGGAGCCCUUUCGGAGCCGCUUCAGCCGAUGUUCAAGUGUAGCCGACAGUGGGGACACAGCCAUUGGUACAUCAUGCUCAGAUAUUGCAGAGGAUUUUUGCAGCUCAAGUGGCAGUCCUCCUUUCCAGCCCAUCAAAAGCCACGUAACCAUUCCAACAGCCCAUGUGAUGCCUUCUACUUUAGGGACCUCUCCUGCCAAGCCAAAUUCUACACCUGUUGGACCCUCUUCCUCUAAACUCCCUUUGUCAGGGUUGGUUGAAAGUGUGGGAAUGACAAGAAAUGGAGACCUCGGUGCAAUGAAACAUUCUCCAGGCCUCUCUAGAGAUCUCAUGUAUUUCUCUGGUGCUACUGGAGAAAAUGGAAUUGAGCAGUCCUGGUUUCCAGCAGUGGGCCAUGAAAGACAAGAAGAGGUGAGGAAGUUUGAUAUUCCUAGCAUGGAAUCUACCCUCAAUCAGUCGGCAAUGAUGGAGACACUUUAUUCAGAUCCUCACCACCGAGUCCGCUUCCACAACCCAAGAACCAGCACAAGUAAGGAGUUGUACAAAGUGUUGCCUGAGGCCAAGAAGGCACCGGGCAGUGGGGCAGUGUUUGAGCGGAAUGGACCACAUUCUAAUAGCAGUGGGGUCCUCCCUUUGGGACUCCAGCCUGCUCCCGGGCUCUCCAAGCCUCUGCCCUCUCAGGUGUGGCAGCCGAGUCCUGACACUUGGCAUCCCCGAGAGCAAUCUUGUGAACUCAGCACUUGUCGGCAGCAGCUGGAAUUGAUUCGUUUACAGAUGGAGCAAAUGCAGCUUCAGAACGGAGCCAUCUGCCACCAUCCUGCUGCUUUUGCUCCUUCACUGCCCAUCUUAGAGCCAGCACAGUGGAUCAGCAUCUUGAACAGUAAUGAACACCUUCUGAAGGAAAAAGAGCUUCUCAUUGACAAGCAGAGGAAACACAUCUCUCAGCUGGAGCAGAAAGUGCGAGAGAGCGAACUGCGAGUCCACAGUGCGCUCUUGGGCCGCCCUGCCCCCUUUGGUGAUGUCUGCUUGCUGAGGCUACAGGAAUUGCAGCGAGAAAACACUUUCUUACGUGCACAGUUUGCACAGAAGACAGAAGCCUUGAGCAGAGAAAAGAUUGACCUUGAAAAGAAACUCUCUGCUUCUGAAGUUGAAGUCCAGCUCAUCAGAGAGUCGCUCAAAGUGGCGUUGCAGAAGCAUUCUGAGGAAGUGAAGAAACAGGAAGAAAGGGUCAAAGGUCGUGAUAAACAUAUCAAUAAUUUGAAAAAGAAAUGCCAGAAGGAAUCAGAGCAGAACCGGGAGAAGCAGCAGCGUAUUGAGACUUUGGAGCGCUACCUGGCUGACCUGCCCACACUGGAAGACCAUCAGAAGCAGAGCCAGCAGCUUAAGGAUUCUGAGUUGAAGAGCACAGAGCUGCAGGAGAAAGUGACUGAGCUGGAGACUUUGCUGGAGGAGACCCAGGCAAUCUGCAGAGAGAAGGAGAUUCAGCUGGAAAGCCUGAGGCAGAGAGAAGCAGAAUUCUCCUCUGCUGGACAUAGCCUGCAAGAUAAACAGUCUGUGGAGGAGACCAGUGGAGAAGGUCCAGAAGUGGAAAUGGAGUCCUGGCAGAAGCAAUGUGAUUCGCUCCAAAAGAUUGUGGAGAAGCAGCAGCAGAAGAUGGAUCAGUUGCGCUCACAAGUACAGAGCCUAGAGCAGGAAGUGGCUCAAGAAGAAGGAACAAGCCAGGCCCUGAGAGAGGAGGCCCAGCGAAGGGAUUCAGCCCUGCAGCAGCUGCGCACAGCUGUGAAGGAGCUUUCAGUGCAAAACCAGGACUUGAUUGAGAAGAAUCUGACGCUCCAGGAACACCUGCGCCAGGCCCAACCAGGGUCUCCACCUUCACCAGACACGGCCCAGUUGGCACUUGAGCUGCACCAGGAGUUGGCCAGUUGCCUUCAAGAUCUGCAGGCUGUCUGUAGCAUUGUGACCCAGAGGGCCCAGGGCCAUGACCCCAAUCUCUCCCUGCUCCUGGGCAUUCACUCACAGCACCCAGAGACUCAGCUAGAUUUGCAGAAGCCAGAUGUGAUCAAGAGGAAACUAGAAGAGGUUCAACAGCUGCGUCGUGACAUUGAGGACUUAAGGACCACCAUGUCAGACAGAUAUGCCCAGGACAUGGGAGAAAACUGUGUCACACAGUGAGGAAUUCUGGGGGAUUCCCUCAGGGAGGAUCUGGGCUGCCGAGAGCCUAGUCUAGCAGGUUUCUGCCCUGACAUUCUCUUGUCUGCUAUUCCCAGAGAGAAGUGUCAGAGGGGAGGGGAGAGCCUGCAUCUGGGGGCCAAGGGCUGAUUAGGGAACUGUGUCCUACCCCACACUGGCAUGUUGGAUUACGUUUGUCCUGUUAAUUCACUCUCAACGGUGAGUUACUAAUUAACUUUUGGCAGGUACAACAGAUAAGUCCUCACAAACUGUUCCCAGCCCUAGGUUGACAUGAGAGACGAACAGGCUGUCCACCUUUCUUCUCCAUCCAAUGAGAUGGAUCCAUGUUCAUUCCCACUUCACACCUUGGUCCUGCUGAUUAGAGCUCAUCAGAGGGGCCUGGAAAGGCUGAGCAAGUACCAGUAACAAUGGCCAUUUAAGAAUUCUCAGGCUCCAUGUGCCAGCCUCGGGAACUGAGCUGGCUUUCUGGGUUUUCUCAUGCCUGGUCUCACUGCUUCUUCCUCAGGGCUCUUCUCCCAGAAGCCUCAGGGUAUUGUGUUGGUUAGCACGUAACUACUAGGAUUGGGGCCCUAGGGAUUAUAGCUGGGACUCUAAUCUGCCUACCAUGCCAUUUAACAAGAGAUCCCACUCUCCAGCUGCCUUGUGUCCCUAGGGCCCUGGCCAUGUGUUUAGCACAGCCCUUUUCUCCUUUGUUCUCAGGCCUUCCAGGUAGCCCCCUUCCUGGACUUAAGAGUGCAAACUCUUCUCUGUGGUUCUCGUCUUGGGCAGAAUUAUAUCCUAGAGACCACAGAGCAACUGUCAAGCUGCUUACCCCUCACCCAGGGCUACAGCCUGUGCCCACCCCUCUAAUUUGUGCCUCUCUCGUGUUGGGGGCGGUGGGGGUUAUUCCUUUCCUUUUCCUGCUCUGGCCUCCUUGAAAGUUCAGAGUACCCACUACAAGUCAGCUUUAAAGUACAGCUUUUAGUGUUUCCUGGGUUGUUUCUCUGGGGCUUUAGGGAGGGCCCUUUGCCCUGUGGUUUUUCUUGCCUCCUGGUUUAGGGAGCAUCUCACACUUGUUAGUAUCUGGUUGUUGGGCCAGCCAUGCCUCCUCUAGAUCUGGAGCCAGGCCAGGCAGGGGCCAUGUGUGGGCCAGUCAGCCACUACAAGAUUUUUGCUAAGCUUUGGGCUGUUGGCAGCAUCUUGGACCUCAUGCCUGGGCCUGAAAGAGGCUCUUUCUUAAGUGUUUUUACAAGUUUGUGUUUUAUUUAUGGAGUGACUUAUUCCCUCCAUUCAGAGCAGCCCCACCCAGCCAGCCCUUCAGCCUCUGGGCUCCUGCCUCUUAAAGGCAGAGCCGCCUGGUUGGUCUCCACCCUGUGCAUUGGGAGCCCAGCCACCAUGCUCACGGGCAUUUUUCCUCAUAAAGUUUAUAAGCAGUUAUUUAUAUGAAUCUUUGUUAUGUCCACUUGUUUGUACUGCCUAUUUUGAUUAUAAAAUAAAGUAUCUUAACAGACUCCUCAGUUUUCCAUACCCUUCCAUCACCACCACCACGCUACUCUACCCCUCACUUUGGCUUGUUAGAGCCAAACACCUGGGUGUUCAGCCAGGUUCCCCAGGCAGCAGCGUGGAGGAACCUUUGUCAGGUCCAGCCUCAUGUCCCUAUCUCUGCCACCUCUACUCCUGUCGUUCUAUAGAACCAGAUCUCUUCUCACUUUCCAUUGGGCAAACCUUCCCUGAGUCAUAGCAGAAGUUUGUCACUGGAAAGUUUCAGCAGUCCUCUCAGGAAGUUGGCAGCCUCUGGGUUGCUGUGAGGAAGUGGCUUUACCAGAGCAAGGGUUGUCUUUCUGGGCUGUUACCUGCCUGAGCCCUGGAUCGGGGGGACAUCUGAGAAGCAUUAUGUUGGGUGCCAGACAGCUAGGUCUCCAAAGUUGGGCUGGUUGCUGGAGUCUGUCCCUUCAACCCCUGAAUUCUUGCUGGGAGUAGUAGCAGUUGGGGAAUGCCAUCUGCAGCAUGGAGCUGGGGUUGAGCUUGGACCACCCCAAGACCAGGGGUGGAUCUUAAGGGUCAGCUUGAGCCUAGGCUCAAGUGGAGUCCUGACCCCACCCUCUACUGCCACACUUUCCAGCUGUCAGCCCCUUGGUCUCCAUCUGGUUCCUAGAGGGUGUGGCGUCUGCAUCCUGCUACCACCCUUCCUUGUCUAAACCUUCCCACCUGAGCGGAGAGGAACUUGGGGGAAAAUCUCUAAGCAUGGGCUCUUCCUGCUGUCCUAUGCUUCCUAUCCCCUAGGGCUAGUGGUGCGUGUUGGGUGGGCAGAGCGGGGGUUCCCUUGGAGCAAGGUUCCUUAGUUUGGGAACUUCGGAUCUGAAAGCAGCUCAAGCCUUCCAAAGCCCCAAGCUGCCCUGUGCUAUUAGGGCACCUCCUCCUGGAGACAGCGGCUCUCCUCGCUGGGGAGUUGGAUGCACCAAACCUGUGUGUGGCUGGAGAGGAGGCUUCUGCCAGACCCUCUCCCGGGCCUGUCCUGCCACCCAGCCCCUCCCCAGUCUCACACUGAGCUCCAGAUCAGGGAAGGGCCGCAAAGGACCAGCAGGGCAGCCGCAGAAGGGGCGGCCCUGCGUGGGACGGGUCCGUUGCGCGCCUGGUCACCGAGGGGGAAGGGAAGGGGCCUCUGGCGCGCGGGGCGGUGUCGCGCAGGUCCCGCCCCGCCUGCCCGCGCCGCCCAUUGGUCCCGAGCGCGAUGACUUGCGGGCGGAGCAGGAAGGAAACCGCUCCCGAGCACGGCGGCGGCGUCGUCGUCUCCCGGCAGUGCAGCUGCCGCUACCGCCGCCCUCUGCCCGCCGGCCCGUCUGUCUACCCCCAGCAUGAGCGGCCUGCGCGUCUACAGCACGUCGGUCACCGGCUCCCGCGAAGACUAUGAGCUCUUCGUGGAGGCUGUGGAACAAAACACGCUGCAGGAGUUCCUGAAGCUGGCCUGAGUCAAACCUGUCCAGAGUUCCCCUGCUGGACUCCAUCACCACACUCCCCCCAGCCUUCACCUGGCCAUGAAGGACCUUUUGACCAACUCCCUGUCAUUCCUCACCUAACCUUAGAGUCCCUCCCCCAAUCCAGGCCACUUCUCCUCCCUCCUCUCUAAAUGUAGUCCCCUCUUCUCCAUCCAAAGGCAACAUUCCUUACCUUAGUCUCAGCAAUUGUCUUAAGCAACAGCCCCAAAUGCUGGCUGCCCCCAGCCAAGCAUUGGGACCGCCAUCCUGCCUGGCACUGGCUGAUGGGCACCUCUGUUGGUUCCAUCAGCCAGAGCUCUGCCAAAGGCCCCGCAGUCCCUCUCCCAGGAGGACCCUAGAGACAAUUAAAUGAUGUCCUGUUCCAUUG